GCGACACAUGUGGAAUGGGUCAUGCCCAAUACCUGCUUAGUUGAACGUGCUAGCGAUACCCUCGCUAUGCCUUUUCAAAAGUGCGGAUCGCACUUCAGGGACUUUGGCAUGCUCACCACGGGUUUUGUGCGGUCAUGCAAGUCGGAUAGAGGCAAUAUGUCCUUUUCCAAAUAUACAUGUGGUGCCAACAUGCUGACUCUCCACUGGUCCCCUUUCGUUGGCACCGGUGGAUAGUAGGAGUGAGUCGGCAAAUGACUCCGCCUGCUGCGACUGGCCUGGGUGCUACUGCGCUUGACAAGAGAGAGGGGCCUGGAUAGCAGGAACGGGCGUGUCGGCAAAUGGCACUGCCUGCUGCGAGAAACUUUGGUGCUACAACGCUCGGCAAAACAGGGCCUGGGUAUAUGGCCGCUGACCCCACCUCGAGCUGUCCUGCGAACAAGAAGCUCAUCUGCGACCCGUACUGUAACUUUGUCAACUUGGCGCGUCUCCCAUGCCGCCGUCUUCAACGCCUCGACAUGCCCUGGCGCACCUCAUAUCCUCACGCCUUGCCGUAGCCGUCGUGAUCUUGCUAGCCACCCACACCCUUCACGCCACCGAAUGUCGCUCAAUCAUUGCAGACACAACUUGACCUCCUGUUCAACCACAUCACUUUGUUUUGCGGAGCAACACUGCGCUUUUCACUAUUCUGCGCCUCGCGACUGGCC